UGAGCAGAAAAUGAAAUAUUUUGUUGUUGCAGUCGUUAUUAUCUUAGCCGUACAGGUAGUUCAAUCGAUUUAUCAUUCAAGAGUUAUAAAUCCCCAUAUUCCCCAUGUCGAUGUGUACCCGCUGCCAGUGCUCCACGAGGUGCCACCAUGCGCCCCAGUGCCGUGUCACCCCGCUCGUGAUGUCACACUCGCCGACGCCGUUGGUAACAAUAGCCCAGCGGCCAUCGCAACUGCCAACAACUACGUCAAUGUACACCAGCAACCCAGUUACUAUAAAGAAAGUGAUUUCUACCAGUGGGUCCAGCCGUGCCCAGCCUCCCCUAAGUUCCCGCACCGGCUUUGCUAUUAUUAG